AUGUCUGACCCGGAUAACUACAAUAUCUUCGCUCCCAAAAAUGCACUUCGUCGAACACCUCCAACAAAUAAUAAACCCCCAUCGCGGGGUCCCACGCCUUUACCAUCAACUCCCCAAGUUUCGUCGCCCAAGGAUAUGCAUAUGCUGAGUAGAGAUGUAUCGCCACUAAUUGAACCACUACGACCAAUGACCUCUCCUUUAAGAAAUUUGGAUUCAGACGAUAUCGACGGUCCACAAACCCAACCAACACCCACUACAACCUCCCGUCACCUCCACGUCUCAAUCACCCCAAGAGCUUCAACUGUCGAACCAGUAACUCCUUCUUUUAGCCGUAUCGCUUCAUCAGUACCCAAUACCUCUGUCCGUCGGAGAUUAACCACUCCACACGCCAUUCGUGGCUACUCGAAUCGUCCCACACCUCAUAAAAACCAGGGGAAACGUCGGAAUUCGAGGUUUGCAGCUGAGGAUGAUGAUAUAUUCCAGGCGCUAAAGCAGUUUAGCAAAAUAACGGCACCUAAGAGUAAACCGUUCAUCCCCACGCCAAAAGCAAUAACCCCGAAAGCCGUCUCCGAACGCCGACGAACCCUUGAAGGCAUCCGACUCAACCGUGACCUAAACGCCGUUUCCUCAGACGAAGAAGUCGAUCCAAUUCGUCCUCCUAGACUUUCUAACGUCUCCUUAAGACUCAUUGGUAAACGACUUACAAUAAGGGACAACCACGAAGCGGAGGAGGAUGAUGACGUGGAAAUAAGCCCACCACCACAAUUAUCCACACCUCUAAGAGAUAGUGGUGAUGACGACGAUCUGAAGUCCGGAGGAAUUGAAACGCCGAGGUUCGAAGUUGCGAGACGGGCUGUUGGAGAGAAUGAUCGACGGUUUAGCUUUUUACCGAAUAUGGCGGAUCGAUUUGCAGAUUUUGGAGAUGUGGUUAUGGAUGACAGUAUUAUACAGGAAGCUGGAGGGGAACAUAUUGUUGAAGUUUUCGAAGGGGAGAGUUUUGCGGUUGAAGGGGAUGGGAUGGAAGGGUUGAGUUUUGCGGACCAUACCAUCGACCUCAAUGCGCCUGAAGAAGAUGUAUCAGGCCUCUUCAAUGCGCAGGGAAUGGGAAUUCCAGACGACGAAACUGAUUUCCGAUUGGAACAAGUUGAAAUAUCGCCACCCUCGGAGCCUAUUGGAAACGGAGAAGAGACAGAAGACUUACCCGAAAUCACAAAUGAAAUUUCUUCGCCGCCGCCACCUCGACCCGACGAUGAUAUGGAACCAGUGUUUAUAGGCUCCGACUUUGAUGACGAUGAUGAUGAAGACGAUGACGACGGCCCCCCACCAUUCCAGCCAGACGACAAUAUUGGCCUAAGAACAACUGCCCGACCCAACGCAACCGGGAAACGUCGGAGCAGAAAGGAACUUCCAUUAUCAGUUCAUGGAAUCCCAUACCCUUCGCUAUCAACCAAAGUAAUAAAAUCCAUAAUCGCCCGAACUAGUAAACAGAAGAUCUCCAAAGAAGCAUUAGCAAUGAUCGCUUCUGCUUCAGAAGCGUACUUCGAAAAUCUAGGUGAAGAUUUAGGUAGUUUCGCAAAACAUGCGAAGAGGAAGACGGUGGAAGAAGGUGAUGUCUUGCAGGUUUUGAGACGACACCGCCUUUUGAACGAUAAAACGACGGUUUUCUCACUUGCAAACCAAUAUUUACCGAGAGAACUAUUACAGGAUAUUAAAAUCCAAGUUCCUCAAAAGAAUCUGCCGAAACAGAGGAGAAGAAGAGGGGUUGAUGAUAGUAUGGCUGAUGAGAUGAUUGAGGAAGAGUAA